AUGGCAGUGAUACGUAUGACAACUGCAACUCCACUACACAGCUAGGAAAUAAUAACUUAUUAUUUGUUCAUAUACUUUAUUUGCACAUAAUGUCGACCCCGGGGCGCGGGCGCGGCUACUCGGGCCGCCACCAUCUGCGCUCCCCUCGGCCUGGCGACGACGAUUCGCGCGCCUUGGCUGAACUGAGCCCCAGAGCUACAGACAAGCCGGAGCCUAAACAGGAGAAAGAGAAGGAAGAUGUGGCAGACAAGGAGAGGAAGAGAGAGGAAGUGAAGUAUCAUGUGAGCGGAGAAGAUGAAACGGCUUUGAAAGAGCUGCUACAGAUUGAAGAGCCAUACACACCGCUUCUGACAUUGUUGGAACAAUUCUCGCCGGGCGAGGACGGUAUCGCGUUCAACAGGAAACUGAAACAUUUCGAGACUACAGUGUCCAGCUUAUGCCCCGAUGAGGCACACCUGCAACAAGCUUUCGGCACGUUCCGCGCGGCGGCGCUGCUGUCGGCAGUGACGUCACGCAAGCUGGCCGCCGUGGGCGCCUCCUUCACGCGGCAGUCGCGCCAGCAGCUGCUGCGCGGAGCCCUACUGAACGUCGUCAUGCAGGGGACCUUCUCUAAAUUGGACGUGCUAGAGAGAGCCAAUCCGCUGUUUCUCAUAAAUGCUGCUAACCUCAUGGGAGAUUAUUUCGCAGAAGCGCGCCUAUGCAACGGUAAUAAGGUCCACAUCCUGGCGGGACCACUUCUCCAAUACAUGAAGGCACUGCUCGCUAGUGAUGACAUUCGCGCGCACCGCAGUCUCGCUACACAGUUAAUGCAGAAUGGCAGAGAACUCCUAUCAGUCUUAUCUCAAGAGUUGGAUGAGCUGUCCAUUUCCAUCCGUCUCCGUCUCCUCGCCCCGCCUGCCUCCAGCAUCAUCUGGCUUCUGCUGUCCGCAGACCUCUGCCUCAACAAAUUCCUCCCUUUACCCAACACGCUACAACAGUUCUACGCUGCACACCUAGACCUGGCCUCCGAAGACAACUACAGCGAAGUCAGCUACGGAUCGUGGAAGAAAAGCCCGGAGAAAGACGACUAUAACCGGGCUGAUGUCAGCUCAGACUUAAGCGACAAAGUCUCACAGAACAUCUCUCAAAUUAGCCUCGACGGGGACGGAGAAAUGAAACCCAAACUCAGACCUAUAUUAGGCGCUGGCGCCGGACUUCUAAGACAAGAGCAAGCGCUAUCCGUCAGCCAAGAUAAUUUUGAGACCUGGACUAGCAAAAACAGUCUUAGCAAGAGAUACGAUUUGAACUCCUGGCGACAAGAAGAGGAAAAGAAAGAGGAGGAACCUGUGUUCAACCCUACCGUUCUACCCCCUAAUCUACAGAACUAUCCAGUCACUGUCCCAGAUUAUCCACCACCUAACGUACCCAACGUAAACAGAUUCAACAACUACAUGCAGGAAAACUAUCCCAACUACUUACAGCAAGGCGACGGAGCGUACAUACAAAACUCGUACACCGGGAACACCAACUUCAACUCCCAAGGAGAUGGCUUCGUUCAACAGUUCCCAAACGACCGACCAGCUCCGGAGAGAGUCAACAGCGAAAUACAAAAAGCAAGCGCUAAACGGCCCGUAGAAAACUGGAGGAAAGACAAAGACGCUGAAGAUCCUAACAGAAAUAGACCGAGGAACUGGACUCGGCAGCGCUCUAAAGAUAACUUAAGCGAUGAGAAGGAUCCAGAAAAAGAGGAGCGAUACCGGUCCAACUCUAGAAGUUCCCGAGACAAAGUCCCCGGGAGAUUCAGGCGCAACAGCACGGAUAACCCAGACGGAGCGGUGAGCGGUACAGGCAAGACUCCACCUAGAAGACAUGUCUCCGAUGUCCCGAGGAGUCAGAAAUAUUGGGACCACGACGAUAGAUGUGACAAGGACUAUAGCAGUUAGUGAAUUAAAUAUGAAAUAAUUAUAGUAAAAUUUUAAGUGACUAUGGAAUUCAUGUGGGUUUUGCGAAAGCCAAGAUU